CAUGGACCGUUGGACACCCAAGACUAGCCCCAGGUACUCCCACAACUAUUCUCUCCCACCGGUUAACGAUAAGUCCACCAGCCUCUGGGAAUCUACGGAUGAUUUGUUCAUCGAUAUGACUCCCUCUGAUAAAAACUCUUCUUCAAGUGAUGGUGUUACCCUUCCGGGCUAUUCGGAUUCCUCUGAAAAUUCUUCAUUCUAUAUGCAUACCAGCUCAGUGAGUGAUGAUGCACCCUCCGAGUUGGAUAAAGCAAUUUGUUUUGAUAAAUCGGAAUUAGAUUUUACUGUAAGUGAUUGUGAGCCCGCAACCCCUGAAAAAAGAUCUUUUCUUCAAAUUUCGGAUUUUUCACCAAUUUCUAGUAGUAGUGAUAGUGAAUUUAAGACAACAUAUGCAGGAAGUACUCCUUAUACAAGCAGACCUAAUGCUAUUGGUCGAGAGGAAGUUUACUAUGAAGAGACAAUGUACAGGAAAACUCUAAAUUCUCAAGUACCCUGCUUGGAUUGUAGCAGACACUACAUCAAGUCACCUAAAAGACUGAACUUUUCCAAUCGAAAAUCAUCCAAACGGUAUAAUGAUGAAAAUGAAGGUCAAUCGAAAUAUUCUAGUAAGAUAUCAAGACCUCUUCAACGUCAGCCUCUUCAACAAAUUCAAAAUGCCCCCUUCGUCUACGACAGCCAAUGUCAUUUCAGCUGUAGUAAUGACAGCCACGUUUGUGAGUGUGGCUUGAAUUGCGGUAGAGAUUCUAUUGAAAAUCGUCUAAGAAAAACAGCUCUAUACCUAAACCACAGAGCAAAAGAGGAGCCAAGCGAUAAUUUUCAAUUUAUGGGACAUAUUUAA